ACUAAGUCACCUCAAACAUUGUAAAUGAUCACAGACAGCAUCUGUUACAGCAGAUACAGUCCAAAUCUACUCGCAUCACUGAGCAGACCAACUUCAUCUGACCAGCUGAAGAUGAAGUGGACGGCUGGUGUGAAGUUCGGACCGGGCGGCUCAGUGGUGGUUCUGGCUGUGAUCUUAGGAAUGUCUACACUGGAUCUUUCUACACUCCUGGACUCAACAAAAUGCCACAGAAUUGUCUUGAUUGAUGGUAACUAUACUAAACUAAUACAGAUGCCAAACACAACCAGGUCUUGUCUGAAUUACUCUGCAAAUUUACCACCACUCAGUAAUGUAACCUGCGUUUUAUCGUUUAACACAUCUGAAAACAACAACAAUACAUAUGUACAAACUGGUGUGUGGUUAUUAAAAACAAACAACAUAUAUGAACUCAAAAUAACCAGAGGGAAGACCAGACCCAGAGUACCGAUUUGCUUUGUCAGUGGUAAAUGUAACAGCAGCUGGCCACAGUGGAUUGAAGACUGGACAAGACAUCCAGUUUCUCCAAAUGAAGAAUGUACGAUUAUCUGCCUGAAUCCAAAUUCAACUUGUGAUAAUGCCAAGUACAAACCAUGCAACGAUACCACCUCUAAUGAAGAUAUAAUUGAGUUCAUAAAUCAAUCAUCAUACUGUUCAAAAUGUGGGAGUCCUGUACAAAAACCAGAAGUACAGAUUACACUACCCAAAGUGGAAUUCUCUGGUGGAAGCGCAGAUAAAACAGAUAAGGCUGAAGUGAUGAAGAACUUAACCUCCAGUGUUCUGGAACUGAUGGGAAACAAGACGACAGCGUCCGUGACCGUGGGAGACGUGCAGGGUGUUUUUGUGAAACCUGAAGAUCCGAAGAAGCCGGAACCUGCCUCAUUCAUCUACUCUGAAGUAACAAACCUCAGCAUCAUCCAAGAUACCACCCAAACGCAGAAGUAUCCCAGGGCGGUCUCAGUACCAAAGGAGGCUUUCGAAAAAGCAGCCAACCAAAGCAAAACUGCACUGUUCACAGCUGUGUUCCGAUUCCCAGAAUUCCCCAAGGAUGAGAAGAACAGCACAGUUCUGAAUAAUGAAGUCUAUUCCAUUGAUAUGGGAGCAGAAAUAGCCAACCUGACAGACACAAUUAACCUCACCUUCAGGAAUGUUAAAAGGAGUGGCUUCACUCUUCACUGUCACUCUUGGGAUGGAGAAGGGGCAAAGCCGAACUGGACCACUGAAGGGUGCUUCACCAUUGAAACUGAUGAUGGCGUAACCUGUGGAUGUGUACAUUUGACCUUCUUUGCCCUGUUGAUGGCGGCCGACCCAACUGAAACCAUAUCUGGCACUGACCUAAGCAACCUCACCUACAUCACCUCCAUCGGCUGCGGACUCUCCAUCUUCUUCCUGGGUGUGGCCCUCUUCAUGCACUUCCUGUUAAGGAGAUCGAGACAGAGCGAUUCAGUGCACAUCCUCAUAAACCUGUUUGUGGCGCUGGUCCUGCUGAAUCUGACCUUCCUGACCAACGAGUACGUGGCGAACACGGGGAACCUAAUAGGCUGUAAGCUGAUGGCGGGCUUCAUGCACUACUGCCUGCUGACCAGCUUCACGUGGUUCGGUCUGGAGGCUCUCCACCUCUGUCUGCAGCUGGGCAGAAACUCCACACCUAUCAAACACUACCUCACCAAGAUCUGCAUCGCCGGGUGGGCUCUUCCUGCGGUUGUUGUCACCGUCGUCUUCUGUUUGCAAAAAUACAACCAACUAGUCAUUCAUGCUGACGACGGAAAGGAUGUGAAAAUGUGCUGGAUCACAGACUCUGCUGUCCAUUACGUGGUGAACAUCGGCUACUACUCCAUAAUCUUCGCCUUCACCUUAACUACCUUUGUCGUCAUGCUGCGAUGGAUCUUCCUCCUCAAAGGCACCGCCGUGAAUCGCCAUAAACCACCUGCUGCCUCCGGUAAGCGCACAACAACUGGCACCUCUGACGCCCUGACUGUAAUGGGCCUGUGCUGCACUCUCGGACUCACCUGGGGCUUCGCCUUCUUCGCCUACGGAGCCCUGCGCCUCCCGUCCUACUACAUCUUCACCAUCCUCAACUCCUUCCAAGGAUUCUUCCUGUUCAUUUAUUAUUACAAGACUAGCAAGUUUGUGGGGGACCAGAUGACCUCAGAGAAGACCACCAGCACCGCCACGGAGGCCACCAGCAUGGAGAACCCGUACGAGAAGCCGAAAGCGUUUUAAGGUACAGAUCACUGGAUAAAAGAGGAGCAGCCAUUGUGACGUGAUGCCACCUGGACUAUAUUCUCUGCGUUAGGAUGACUGAAAUGUGAUUCAAGCUAAAAGGCCUGUUCUAGUGUGCAGGCCAAAAAGAACUUUAGAAGCUGUAUAGUGGGACUUUUAACUUAUAAUACUAUUUAAUGUGCCUAUAAAAAGUAAUAGAAGUAAUGAACCCUGAAUCUGCUGGAACAGUAACAGUAAACACUCUGAGAGAAUUAGGAACAAAACAUCUACACCAGUUUCACAGAGUCAUUACUGUACUUGCUUUACAUUUCCAUGAAAGCAGUCUCGAUUCCAGACAUCCACAGAUCCAAACACGCCUGGGUCUGAUAUGGCUUCUAGGAUUGGGAUGCGAUCUCAUUGGUUUAGAUCACAGCUUUCAUGUCUCCCUCCAACAGUGCUGUAAGUAAAAGCAUCCAAUUCAUGAUAGCAGAACAUUCAUUUCCUCUGAUUAGGUCAUCCAUUGGGUCAAGAUUAACAUAACAGCACAAACAUCUCCUUAUUCUAAUCCUCAACCUAAACCUGUGUAAAUACACAAAUCCAAUCUGUUAAAUAAAUGAAGAAGUAAGGCAAAGUUCAUUUUAGCAUUUAGAUCCUCCUGCUCUCUGUUUACUGUGGAGCUCUGUACAUAAACACGUAUAGAUCUGUUUUCAGUUUAAUGUAUGUGACCGAUUCUGUUUAGAUGUAUUUAUUCCUGCUAAAUGUGUUUCAGCUCACGGUCGUGUGCAAAAGUUUCAAAUGACAUGUUUCGUGGAAAAUACUUUGAACACAUCCUCUACAGAGAGCACACUUGGAAACUCUGCACACUUUAGGUUUUAUUUCCCCCCCCCCAAUAUGUUCAAUUCAGCAAAUGAACAGCAAUUGUGUAUUUCUAAAAUGCAGAAGUGUGUCUCUGUAGAGGAUGUGACAUUUGUGCAGGGGUGCACAAACUUUUACACACGACUGGACCAGGUGUUUCCUCUCUUAGAUUCAGUCUAGCAGUAGACAAACUGAGGAGGAGAGAAUGUUCAGUCUUGGAGAGGUUGUGGGAAUUAGAAAACACGAAAACACUAUAAGCUGUACAGACCGGCGCUGAUUAUGUUUAUGUUUUAUUAUCAGUUUGCAGAAUUGAAAUAGAAAAGGUUUUACUCUCCUUUCGACUUGCUUAACCGAUGCUAGACUAAAUCUGUGGAGUGAGAAUAAACCGAGCGCUUCUAAAGAUGAAUAAACUAUUUACUGAUUUUA